UUGCUUGAUUCAGUUCAUUCGCAGAGGAGCUACAGCAGUAUGACUGACAGUCCGGAUGAGAAUUAUCAGAUCUGUUUGAUGUCCUAAAAUGCGCUUUUAUGAGACGAAACUGCUGUCAAAGAGCUAAAAAUGCGAUUUAAUGAGAAGGAGCUGGUGUUCCUGAGCCGCCAGCCGUCAGAGAGAGCGGCCGAGCUGGGCAUGAGAGGCCCGAAGAAAGGAGACGUUGUGAAGAAGCGCCUGGUGAAACUGAUCGUUAAUUUCCUGUUUUACUUCCGGACCGACGAGGACGAGCCCAUCGGCGCUCUGCUGCUGGAACAGUGUCGCGUGGAGAGAGAAGACGAUCAUGCUUUCUCUAUUGUGUUCCUGGACGAGGCCGAGAGGAAGUAUCUGUUUGAAUGCGAUUCUCAGGAACAGUGUGUUGAAUGGAUCGACGCCAUCAUUAAAGCCAGUUAUGAAUUCAUGCGCAAGAACCUGAUCUACUACCGCACAGAAAUCCACCGACUGACUGGAAAGGAUCCGCUAGAGCAGUAUGGGAUAUCGGAUGAAACGCGCUUCCAGGUCAACAGUGCUCUUCCUCUGCCUUCGCCUCCCACAUGAACACACGAGUUUCACAUGCAAUCAUCAGGUUUCUAUGGAAGCUUGUUUCCGCCACAGAAUGAAAAACAAAAAAAGUCAGAAUUGCGAGAUAUAAAGUCGCAAUUGCGUGUUAUAAAGUUAGAAUUGUGAGAUAUAAAGUCGCAAUUGUGAGAUAUAAAGUCAGAAUUGCGUGAUAUAAAGUCGCAAUUGCGUGUUGUAAAGUCAGAAUUGUGAGAUAUAAACUAUUCUGAGGGGAAAAAAGUUUUUCCCUUAGAAUUGGCCUGAUAACUCGCAAUUGCGAGUUUAUAUCUCACAAUUCUGAGAAAAUAUGUCAGAAUUUCGAGAUAUAAACUCGCAAUUAUG